AUGCUGCAGCACGAGAAGCGACAGCAGGAGCUGGAGCCACCGCCUCUACAGCAGAAGCAAGAGGAGGGGGAGCAACAGCAGCAGCAGCAGAAGCAGCAGCAGCAGCAGCAGCAGCAGCAGCAGCAGCAGCAGCAGCAGCAGCAGCAGCAGCAGCAGCAGCAGCAGCAGCAGCAGCAGCAGCAGCAGCAGCAGCAGCAGCAGCAGCAGCAGCAGCAGCAGCAACAGCGGCAACAGCAGCAGCAACAGCGACAGCAGGAGGGGCAACAAGCAGCAGCGUCUGCAGCAUCAGGGGCAACGAGAGCCUCUUCUGUGUCCUGGAUGGUGCUGGAGCUGCGGAGGGGUUCAACGGGGUGUGAAGAGGUGCUGCUGUAUGCGUGUCGGUUCUGCGGCAAGAGAUUUGCCCAGCCGCAGGGCCUGGGUGGCCACAUGAACGCCCAUAGGCGAGAUCGAGAGGCAGAGAUUCAUUACCCAGUAACCGUGCGCACAGGCGGAUCCACCCGGGGUGCUCUCACCACCCCUCCCUUGCUCACACCCUCUCUCCCCGCCUUCCCCCUCACUUGGCCCGCAGAUCGAGAGGCAGAGACCGUUCAGCAGGCAGCUGUGGCACCACAGUCCCCAGCCGCACAGGCGGAUCCACCUGGGGUGCUCUCACCACAUGCAGUACAAUCUCUGCCUGCAGCCCAAUCACUCAGUGCAGCCCAAUCACUCAGUGCAGCCCAAUCGUUGAUUGCAGCGCAAUCACUGACUGCAGCCAAGCUGCUGACUGCAGCAGAGUCACUGGGAAUGCGGCACCAACUCCCUGGGACCCGUUUCCACCUCACUGCUGCUGCUUCCACUGGAGUUGCUGGUGCUACUGGUGGUUAUCCUGCCACUACUGGCUUCAGGGGUGGCUCUGCUGACCCGGGUAGUGGCUCUGCUGCUUUGCUCCCCCGUGCUGUUGCUGCCGGAGUGGGUGCAGAGAGAGGAGGAGGAGGAGGAGGAGGAGGAGGAGGAGGAGGAGGAGGAGGAGGAGGAGGAGGAGGAGGAGGAGGAGGAGGAGGAGGAGGAGGAGGAGGAGGAGGAGGAGGAGGAGGAGAAAGAGAAGGAGUAAGAACAAUAGAGCUCCAGUCGCCUCAUCCUGCUACAGUUGCAAGCAACCAAGUGUCUUUUCCAGGAUUGAAGCCUUCUGGGACAAUAAAUGACAUAGUCGCCGCUAGGGAGAAGUUACAGGAAGAACAAGGGGUGGAGCUUGAGUUAGAGCAGCUUCAGAGGGAGUGGAGGAUUCAGCUGAUUGAGAGAAGGAUAAUGCAGUUGCAAGGAGAGGGUUGGGAGGGGAGGGAGGAUGUUGGGGGAAGUGAGAUGGAUGUGGAGUUGCCCUUCAAUCGACAGUUGCUAUCUCAAGACGAAGUAGUGGAGAAAGGUGCAAAGAAGAAGCUAGAGAGUGACAAGGAGUGCAUCUAA